AUGAAAUUCUUCACUGUCCUGCUGUUGGCCAGCCUUGCCUCAUCCUCUCUUGCUGUCCUGCCUGGGUCUGAAGAUGAACUCCCCAUGAAGACUCAGCACACAGCGGCCAUUCCAGCUUCCCAGGACACUCCCAUCAGCCACACCAGCAAGGAGAGCACUUCCGGUAAGGACUCUUCCAAGGAGACUGCCAUCUCCAGAGAAGAGCUGGUUUCUGAAGAUGAUGCAGUGAUAGACUGUGCCAAAUCACAGAGUCAAAAGGCCCAGGCCGGGACCAGGAGUGGGAUAUCUCAGCUGGAAGAGUCCACAGGAUCCACCACCUCAGCUGAAACCAGCGCAGAGGGAAGACUGGCAAAGUUAAACCAGGCAAUGGGGGAAAAGCUGAGCAAAACAAGUAGAGAAUCCACAAGUUCUGUGGAAGACAUAAUCUCUGGUGCCAGUGGUGUCAAGAAGCCAUGA